GAACUCCCGUUGUCGUGAGGAAGUAAUAUUUUCUAAACAGGAAGAAGACACCACGACUGGCAUUUCUUUCUGCAGAUACACCGGCAUGGCUACUCAGUUGAAAUGAAGCGUGGAAACUGGCGAUCACGGGGCCGCGACCGUCACCGACAGCAAAACCAGUCCCAGUGGCGGAGAAGACCCCGGUCAGACCAUGACGAGCAGGAAUACGGGUCUGACAGGACAGCAAGUGAUGCAGAUGAUGCAGGUUUAUCUUCUGCAUCCUCAUCUGCACCCUCGUCUGCACCAGAGUUGCCUGGCUUCUACUUCGACCCAGAGAAAAACCGCUACUUCCGUUUGUUGCCUGGACACAACAACUGUAACCCAUUGACAAAAGAGGGGCUCCAGAAAAAGGAAGAGGAGAAAAAGAGAUCAGCACUGCUCGCAGAGGAUGAUGCUCCCAAGAAGAAAUCUCCCAGGACUGGGCUGAACUCUGCAUUGCUGUUACAGAAGAGACAUCUGGGUUUGCUGCCCCCAAGCUCCUAUUCAAGGCUGAUCCAUGAAGUGAAAGUCAGCGGGAUGCAACGUCACAGGCUGGAAGUACAGAGCUCCAAUUCCACCAGUCCAAACACUGACAACUUCCAUCUCAUUGUUGCAGAUUCAGCCUGUGAGCGGGUUUUUACAGUGAACGACGUGUCACAUGGAGGAUGCAAGUAUGGCAUUAUGAAUUUCCAUGGUUGUAGAAAAGGCUCUCUGUCGGUGGAGAUGUGUGAUAAUCUUUAUUUCACAAACCGCAAGGUGAACUCUGUAUGCUGGGCCUCUGUGACACAUACAGACUCGCAUGUUCUGUUGUGUUUGGUCGGCAUUUCUCAGACGCCUGGUUGUGUAAGCUUAUUACCUGCUUCUCUUUUCAGCAACUUCAAUCCAGAUCAACCAGGGAUGCUGUGUAGUUUUAAGAUCUCUACAGCUUGGUCAUGUGCAUGGUGCCUCAACCCACAGGCCGAUAAAACAUUCAGCACCGGUCUUUCUCGAAGAGUGAUUGUGACAGAUGCUGUGACUGGACGCAGAGCCACAUACCUGGCUGACAGUGAUGUUCUGGCUCAACAGUUUGCCUUGAGGGCUCCGGUGCUGUUCAAUGGCUGCCGCUCAGGAGAGAUCUUCAGCAUUGACCUGCGUCAGCGGGACAGAGGCCGCAGUCAUGGUUGGAAGACCAGCCGCUUCUACCAGGAGUCUGCCAUCACCUCUGUCCAGCUGCUGCAGGAUGAGAACUACCUGCUCGCCGCAGACAUGCUGGGCAAGAUAAAGCUGUGGGAUAUCCGUGUUAAGCGGUGUGUCAAACAAUAUGAGGGGCACCACAAUGAAUACGCCUACCUCCCCAUUCACGUCAAUGAGCCCGAAGGAUUGCUGCUUGCUGUGGGUCAGGACUGUUACACAAGGCUUUGGAGUCUACAGGACAGUCGUCUCCUCAGGACGAUCCCAUCACCUCACCCUGCAGGAAAAGACUCAAUCCCGAAUGUGGUGUUUUCCCCCCAGCUGGGUGGCAGUAGAGGACUUCCUGGACUUCUUAUGGCCGUUCGCCAUGAUCUCUACUACUACUCUUACAACAAAGACUAUCAGGAUGGUUUUACACAGGAGGGUCAGUGCUAACAAUUCUCCUCUGAAAGCCAGUGUCAGGCCGUGCCAUGUGAAAGAAAUCACAUCUGUUGCCAAUAGCUACUGUCUUACUGAGAGAAAUGAUUUCUUUCUUUUUAAAGGGAUGGUUCACCCCAAAAAUAAAAAUGGUGAAAAUCAAUGGUUUACUCACUCUCCACUUGAUUCAAACCAUAUUUGAGUUUCUGUUGAACACAAAGGAAGUGCUACAGAAUGUUGGGGGAUAAGCCAUUGACUUUCAUAGUAUUGUUUUUAUUCUUAAUGACUGCUUUUUCAUCUUGUUUUAUGUUUAACAAAAGAAAAAAAUUCAUAAAAGUUUAGAACCACUUGAGUGUGAGGAAACAUUUGUUUUUGGAUGAACUGUCCCUUUAACUAAAAUUGUAGAUUAGACUGUAGUGAAUUCAAAACACUUGCUUGUGUCCUUAUAUUGUCAAUAGAAAUUAUUUAAAAAGGCGUACAUAUAAUUCUAGCCACUUGAAAUAUACCUCCUGAAAGUGCAAUUUCAUAAUGUUUAUGGUAGUUGUUUUAUCUUUUUUGAAUGAAAAAUAAUUUUACUUGAAAUAUGCUGCAACAUUUUGGAAAUCAAGAAGGGAAACUGUUCAUCAUCAUUCAAAAUAAAUACAAACUUUGUCUAUCUGUA